GAAAGAGGAAGUGUGCUGAGAACCCUAAACACGUGCUGAAGGUUCUGACUGACCUCCUGGGACACGAAAACCACGAGAUUCGACCGUACGUGAACGGAACCCUGUAUAGCAGUAUGGAGGAGAUCCUUCGCUGCUACAGUAAAGAGGAGAACCCGGAGCUCAACAGGCAGAUUGAGUUCAUUAUCAAACAGCUCAACUCAGGGGAGGRGACUGAAGAGGGACCAGAGUCUGAUGACGAAGAGGAGGAUGACGAUGAUGAGGGACUUCCGAGGAGGCAGCGAGGGCGACAGGGGUGAGGUAGGGUACCCUUUGAGCAGACAGAGGAGCGUGGACAGCCUGCCCCCGUCCCGCUACAGCUCCCGCCCCCCCACCCGCUCCGGCAGCCGGCCCAGCACGAGCGAAUCCCUGCACCACUCCAUGGACUCAGAGUGUGGCCGUUCGUCCCAGGAGUCUGGGGGGUCGUAUGAAGGACGAAGAGCCCAGGAGGGGGAGGAGCGCAACGGACACUCUGCCAGCAUUGACAAUGUCCCCGGGUUUACAAGCCGGCCCAAGAUUUCCCCGCACGCCGGAGAGUGAUGCACCAGGCGUGGAUCCUCGGAGGGGUCGCGUUGUCCCGCCACUGGCCCCCAGUUCUCCCAGUCUGAGCCCCAGCAGAGCAGCAGCCGACCUGGAUCAGGGGCCUUCCGUCUCAGUGGGAGGGCCAGGGGGCGGCAGACAGAGCAGCCAGUCGUACACAGGAAGUGAAAAGGACCUUUCACCACGGGGCCGCCAUAUCUCCUGAGGAGCAUCCAGCUUCCUGUAACUCCAUCCGCAGGUUGUYAUCAUCCAGCUUCCUGUAACUCCAUCCGCAGGUUGUGAUCAGGGUCAGGGCAUUAGAGAGGCUAGAGGUCGGUGGAGAGGUGGAGGGAGAGAGGGGGCAGAAGGAGGGAGAGGUGGAG